AUGGAGGGCGGCCUGCGAGGCUGGGUCGAGAGGAACAGCGUCCCCGUGAGGAGAGAGAGCGGGUUCACGGUCCGCGAGCUGAGGACGAGGACCGUGCUGGACGACCCGACGAACAAGGUGCGGGUCCUGGGCGUGGGCCCCGAGAACGGCGGCGAGGUGAAGAAGGUGCUCCUGCUGGGAGAGACCGGCCAACUGUGCAAGAACGCCCUGGUCAACAGGGUGUUCGGCGUCGGGCUGCGCGACGACGUGCGCCUUCAGCUGCGCGACCAGAUGGACGAGGCCGGCAAGAGCUCGACGCAGAGCCAGACGGAGUACACGACGGCGUACGUGAUCUACCGGCAGGAGGGCAUGCCGCGCGGCCACAACUUGAUGGUGAUCGACACGGCGGGCGUGGGCGACACGGGCGGGCGCCUGCGGGAGGAGAGCAACGAGCGGCAGUUCCGGCGGUGCUUGGCCGAGCACGCCUGGGUCCGGGAGCUGAGCAGCGUCGGGCUGGUGUGGAAGGCCAGCGACCACAGGUACGACCAGAGGAAGAAGGACGUCCUGGGCAGGCUGAAGGGCCUCUUGGGCUACGACGCGAAGCCAAUAACGGACAUUCUGGUGACGUUCUCCACCAACGGGUCUCGAGACGCCUUCGACAUCAUGAGAGAAGCAGGCGUUGGCUUCCACGGGGAGUUCCUCUUCGACAACGGACCUCUGUACAAGGGUUGGCCCCAGGAUGCGAUGCGGAGGAGGAAGCUGGAGAUGGAGUGGGAGAUGAUGGAGGAGAGCCUGGAUGGGUUCCUGGAGGCUGUGAGUGAGAGGAGGGCUGUUGAGCUGACGGCAACAGUGGGGCUGAUUCGGUCGCAGUUCGAACUGGAGGACACCAACGCGGAGCUGCAGGCCCUGUGGGAGCAGGAGGACGAGCUGCGGCAGACCAUUCGAGAGCACGAAAGGAAGCUGUGCAGACUCGACGGCAAAGAGAACGAGGUGGACUGGGACGAAGUGCGGGCGCUGGACAGCAGCAGGGAAGAGCUCGUGUUGGAGAACGGACAGCACUGCCACUACUGCCCCGAGUGCGACAAGGUGUGUGUCCCUUCGUGCUCGAAGGACCCUGACGGAGAACGGAUCACUGAGGUUGUUACAGGUGUGAUAUCAAUUGGGAUAUUUGGUAUUACGCGUGCAUUGGGUUUGCCCCAACCCCUCUCUUGCUCAGAAUGUGACCAUCUUCCCGUUAUCCACCACUUCAAUCGCACAAUCCUAGUCAAACACGCCACCCGGAGCCAGAAGGUAGAGUUGGCCAAGAAAUCUCAGUACAAAAGAGUAAUGCAACAGAAAGCUGACAUUCGAGCCGAUAUUGGGGCCUACAACGCGCAAUUAAAAGAGGUCGAGAAACAACACGCGAGAACUACGACGAAGUUCAAAGAGCUUGAACACCGAAUCAGUCAUUUGAAAUCUGGAAACUGAAACUUGAAACCUUGGGAGAUAAUUAGUGUAUAGUGAUUAUUUAGUAUUGAUAUAUCUAGUAGUUAAUAUGGAAUGAUCCGUAAUAGAGCGGUUCAUCCAUGACGGCGACCCCAUAGAGAAAUGGGAGAAAGCUGAGAAGAAAAAGUAGCGAAUAAGAAUUUUAUAUAUUACCUCAAAUUCUUGGAUUUUGCGGUAAAAGCAACAUAUACUCUCCCUCGGGCACAUAAUUCACAAAUGACAAACAUUAUGUCUUCCUAGAACUACUUACUGGAAAAAAUGGAAGGUGAACUGGAAAGUAUAGCGUAUGGAACGUAAUGAUAUUGUGAAAUAAUCCGUUUUGUAAGCGACAUUUUAAAAAUAAUUCGUAUCACUCCAGUUCCAUCGCAUUACAUGAGCUUGGAACCUUAUUAAAAUGGUAGCUUGUGUUUCUAUUUAGCAAUGUAUGUUAUUAGGUUAAUGUUCGUCAAUAUUAUUAGACGGGUAGCAAAAAUGUUUAGUUCAGAGUUAAGGUUAUUUUUUUCAUCAGUAUUUGCCCAAAAUAAUGGCAAUAAACAAACUAUUUUUCCAGAUCUGUAUAACCUGUGAUUUUCAAUUAAAAUAAGAUAGACUAGAAUUUCAA